CAACCAACCGACCGACCGACUGACCAACCAACCAACCAACCAACCAACCGACCGACUGACUGACCAACCAACCAACUGACCGACCGACCAAACGACCGACCGACCAACCGACCGACCAACCAACCAUGGAGGCUGGAACAUUCUUCCCUCCGCCGGUCAUCUGCCCAGUGCGAGGUGCGGAUGGACCAGUCCCUGGGCGGGACGAGCCAACCAACUGCAGGCGGAGGGCAGUUCAGUGAGGGGCGGUGUAGCAGAUCUGUAGUGCAUCGCGUCUUCGGGAACGGUCGUGCAUUAACAAAAAAACCAAAUUCCCAGCAGGAGCAGAGCAGAGGACCCGCUGACAGACAAGACCGCGCGGGCGACGAUGAAGCUGCAGAACAAAGUUCAGACAUCCCGCAGUCCGCUGCGACGGCACCGCCGUCAUGUAGCCACGGAGACUAUGGCUCGUGCGUUGUGAGGGCAACUCUUGGAGUGACGGGACGCUGAGGGGUUCGAUCUGCCUCGUCGACAUGGCGCGGCUGCGGAGGAAAGCGUGCACGGCCCUGUUCCUUUUCGCGGUGUUCGUCUUCGGGACCAUGAUGGGACUGAGGACCCUGAAGCCCGGCGACGGGCUCUCGGACGUCGCUCCGGGCGCGGCGCUCCCGCCGGCGAUGGGGGCCAAGGUGGACCGGCGCUCCGUGUCCCGCGACGCCACCGCGUCCCCGGGUCAGGCCCGUCCGGCGGGCGGCGCCACCAAGGCGGUCCUGUCCAACUCCGGUCCCGAGGGGACCAUCUUCUACGACGUUCACAUUUUCUAUUACUCCUGGUAUGGCAGCCCGCACAUGGACGGCAAGUACAUCCACUGGGACCACAUCCUGGUGCCGCACUGGGACCCCAAGAUUGCAUCCAGCUACCCGAGAGGGAGACACACGCCGCCCGAGGACGUCGGCUCCAGCUUCUACCCCGACCUCAACCCGUACAGCUCUAGGGACCCGGACGUGCUGGAGUCCCACAUGGAGCAGAUCGGAGCCUCCGCAGCAGGGGUUCUGGUCCUGUCCUGGUAUCCCCCCGGCCUGGCCGAUGACAAUGGGGAGCCCGCUGAGGAUUUGGUACCAGCUGUACUGGAUGCUGCAUACAGACACAACCUUAAGGUUGCGUUUCACAUCCAACAGUAUGUGGGACGGAACGACCAGAGUGUGCACGACAACAUCAAGUACAUCAUCGACAGGUACGGUGACCACGGAGCCUUCUACAAGUUCACCUCCAGCACCGGGAGCACUCUCCCUCUGUUCUACAUCUACGACUCCUACCUAACUCCUCCAGAGUCCUGGUCAGAGUUUUUGACUCCCGCCGGCGCCCACAGCGUGCGCGGCUCCGCCUAUGACUCCAUCUUCAUCGCGCUGAUCGUGGAGGAGCGCCACAAGCACGACAUACUCGCCGGUGGCUUCGAUGGCAUGUACACGUACUUUGCCUCCAACGGCUUCUCCUUCGGCUCCUCCCAUCAGAACUGGAAGGCCAUCAAGGCUUUCUGCGACGGCAAUAACCUCCUGUUCAUCCCCAGUGUGGGGCCCGGCUACAUCGACACCAGCAUCCGGCCGUGGAACAACCACAACACGCGCAACCGGGUGAACGGCCGCUAUUACGAGACAGCCCUGCAGGCAGCGCUCAACGCGCGGCCGGAGAUCGUCACCAUCACGUCUUUCAACGAGUGGCACGAGGGGACGCAGAUAGAGAGGGCUGUCCCUAAAAAGACAGUGACCCGUGUGUACUUGGACUACCAGCCGCAUGGGCCCGACCACUACCUGGAGCUGACCCGCCACUGGGUGGAGCAGUUCAACAAAGAGAAGGAGCAGUGGCUCAUGUGAGCUUAAAUCGGACGAACGCUGGGGUGGACACGGGAUAUGGAAGGGAACAAAAGGAGACGGACGUGAAUGUCGAGGUUGAUCGGUGUACACAAGGACAUGCGUUGACAUUUUAAUUAAACCGGAUGAGAAAGUUCUUAUCUGAAAAUUUCAGCACACAUGCUAAUCUACAAGAACAAAUGCAGCACUAAUAGAAACCCUCUAGCAGAAGAAAAGUAUAUUAACUGGUCUGAAUACCCUCUGAGUAUUUCUAUAGUUGUAUUUGUAGCAUGCAGACUAGCACUGGUUCCCUCCACUGUGCCAACCAACACAGACGUUUGAUAGAGGCGAGUAAAGCAGGUCAGACAGGCCGUUAAAGGGCAGUUACACUAGAAUAGGUCUUAAGGUUUAUUAUUAUAUUCACUGACAUCAAUCUGGAUUUUGGUGUAAUUCGAUUAAUGAAAAGACGCCACGUUCUUUUGGGUGUGCAGGACUUUUUCCCCCCACCAGUCAAAAACAAAAAAAAUUAAUAGUUGAAAGUGUUGAAAGCCGAAUAAAGACGUCUGCCAUCUUGA